CUUCACAGAGAUGGCUCUGGCCCAGGACCUCUACAGCAUCCCAGCCUCCAGGCUGGACUCCUUCGUAACUCAGUGCUUGCAGCCCAGACGGGAGUGGAAGGAAGAGGUGCUGGAGGCUGUUCGGACUGUGGAGCAGUUCUUGAAGCAAUGUUUCCAGGGAGAUCAGAGCCUGGGCCAGAAGGUCCAGGUGCUCAAGGUGGUCAAGGUGGGCUCCUUCGGGAAUGGCACAGUACUCAGAAAUGAAACAGAUGUGGAGCUGGUGGUGUUCCUGAGCUGUUUCCAUAGCUUCCAUGAAAUGGCCAAAAUCCACCAAGCCGUCAAACUCAUGUGGAGGAACGCAUGGUAUUCUGAGGACCUGCUGGACCUCGGGCUCAGAGACGUGAGGAUGGAAGAAGUCCCCAGCGCUGUGGUGCUCAUCUUGGAGCCCAUCAAUGUCACCAUCAUGCCUGCCUUCAGGGCUCUGGGGCCUUCAGAUCUCCAUUUGCAGCCACCCACUGAAGUCUACGUGAGUCUGAUCAAGGCCUGUGGGUACCCUGGAAAUUUCUCCCCCUCCUUUGGUGAGCUGCAGAGAAACUUCAUGAAACAUCGACCAACAAAGCUGAAAUCCCUACUGCGCCUAGUGAAACAUUGGUAUUAUCAGUAUGUGAAAGCCAAGUGCCCCAGGGCCAAUCUGCCCCCUCUUUAUGCCCUUGAACUACUAACGGUCUAUGCCUGGGAAGAAGGAACACAGGAGGAAAACAAUUUCCGGUUGGAGGAAGGCCUGGCCACAGUGAUGGAGUUGCUCCAGGAAUAUGAACUCAUCUGUAUCCAUUGGACUACAUUCUACUCACUUCAGAAUCCAAUCAUUGGCAAUUGUGUCAGAAAACAGCUCAAAAAACAGAGACCCAUCAUCCUGGACCCAGCGGACCCCACUCACAAUGUGGCAGAAGGCUACCGAUGGGACAUAGUGGCUCAGAGGGCCAGCCAGUGCCUGAAACAGGACUGUUGCUAUGACAGCAGGGAGAUCCCGGUCUCCAGCUGGACUGUGAAGACAGCACCAGACAUCCAGGUGACAGUGCAGCAGUGGGGCCACUCAGAUUUGAUCCUCUGGGUGAACCCUUAUGACUCCAUCAAGAAAGUUAAAGAGAGAAUCCGCCGGAGCCGGGGCUACUCAGGCCUACAGCGCCUGUCCUUCCAGGAGCCCGGCGGCGAGCGGCAGGUACUCAGCAGUCACUGCUCCUUGGCCUCUUAUGGGAUCUUCUGCAGCACCCACAUCUACCUGCUCGACAUGCUCUCCCCAGAGUUUCAGGUGUUUGUGAAGAACCCAGAUGGUGAGAGCCAUGCCUACGCCGUCCACCCCUACCAUGCCAUCCAGAGCCUGAAGCAACAGAUCGAAGACCGACUGGGGCUGAGCAGCGAUCAACAGCAGCUGGAAUUCCGAGGUCAUGUUCUGCAGGACUGGUUUGAUUUUGUCUGCUAUGGCAUCCAAGACAGCGUCACCCUCACCCUCUCCAAGAAGGAGGGGAAAGUUCCAUUCCCGUGCAGCUAGUUUCCUCUGGAAAGUUCCUAUGCCAUCCUUGCCAUGUCAUCCUGACCUCAUCCUUUCCUCUAUCCUUCCAGUUCUGUGCUGGGAAUGCCCUAUCACUUCAGUGACUUUAUUAAUAGUUAUCUCAGCCAUGCCAGUAGGGAACCAGAGGGGUGUGAGACUAAACAGACAAAUGGACCAUGGCCAGACCCUAUGUACCAGUAGAAUUCUGGUCUAUAACUUUCUUUAACAACUAUCUGAGAUAUCAAACCUUGGCCUUCCCAAGAACCAACAGGAAAGAAAGUCAGGACUUGGACAGUGACUUCUAGCUUCUCUAAUUCCCCAUCCUACCACUUCCAAUUUAGAGCCAAUCAGAGGAAGACAAAUGAGUUCCCCAAACCUAUCACAAGGCAGACCUGAUUCUGGUUGGCCUCCUUCCAUCAAAUCCCUCCAGAAGCCUUUCCCUUUUUCCUCCUGGCUAGACAGGAGUCUCUAGACAGGAGACAGAGUCUCUGAUUCUAUGUCAAACAUAUGGGAUGGUGGCUGGUUCCUUGCAGGGUUUGAAUAAAGAGCCUCUGUCUCAUU